CAUGAACAAAUAUAAAUAUUUCACUCCCCAAACUCCAGAGUCCCACCGAUAAUUCUCUUUCCCAUACUCUCUCUGUGUUCUUCUGUUCUCUCUGUUUCUUCAGAUUUUCUCCCUCCUCAGCGCCUGUGAAGAUCCCUUUGCUGGUGUUUUUUCUGCAGUUUGAUUGCUUCAUUCUUUGAAGUGAAUUUGACAAUUAAGUAAAUUGGUUGAGAAGGGUUCAUUCCUCUUCAUUGGAAGAAUAAAACAAAUAUUGCAGGUGGAUUUUUUCUGAUGGCAACUAAUGAAAAUCUUCCACCAAAUGUAAUAAAGCAACUAGCCAAGGAAUUAAAAAAUAUUGAUGAAUCACCUCCUGAGGGGAUUAAAGUUGUGGUAAAUGAUGAUGAUUUUUCAAUAAUAUAUGCUGACAUUGAAGGCCCAGCUGGAACUCCUUAUGAUAAUGGAGUUUUCCGCAUGAAGUUGUUAUUGUCUCGUGAUUUCCCUCACUCUCCUCCUAAAGGGUUUUUCCUUACAAAGAUUUUCCAUCCAAAUAUUGCAACCAAUGGAGAGAUUUGUGUCAACACACUUAAAAAGGAUUGGAACCCUAACCUUGGGUUGCGUCAUGUUCUCAUUGUUGUUAGGUGUCUACUAAUUGAGCCAUUUCCAGAAUCAGCUCUAAAUGAACAGGCUGGGAAACUGCUGCUUGAAAAUUAUGAGGAGUAUGCCAGACAUGCCAGACUUUACACAGGAAUCCAUGCAAAACCAAAGUCCAAAUUCAAAACUGGAGCUAUAUCUGAAUCUACAACUGCUCUGAAUGUUGAUCAGAGUAACACCUCAGUUCUUAAUGCUGAAGUCAAAACUGCACCAUCGGGUGCGACAUUGCCAUUGCAAUCACCAUUGGCCCCCUCAACUAACAACACAACAAGAGGAAACAAGCAGGAACAGGCUGUGGUUGGAGCUGAGCCAGCUGUUAACAGUUCUUGUGCCACAUCCAUGGUUCAUGCUGCUGCACCAAUGAAGGCAGGUGGAGUAGCAAAAGCUCAGGCUGACAAGAAGAAGAUUGAUGCCCGGAAAAGAAGUUUGAAAAGAUUGUAAUGAAGUUGUUCAAUAAUUGAACUUAUAUCAUUUGUGGGGUAAUUUUGUUUAUUGAAAUAUAGAGAAAGGGGAAAUGUGGUUGGGGUGUAUGGGAAGAUCAAAGAUGGGUUCAAAUGAAUAAUACUUUUGUUGGGACUAAAUGAAUGAAAUUAAACUGUUGUAUGUGCUCUA